UAAAUGCCUCGAAAGACAAGCCAGGCCAAACAGAACCCUACAACUUCCAAAUACAAAAAUCUCAGCAAUGGAUUCACCAUCCGUGCAAUAAAAAUCAUUUCAUCUCUCUCUCUCUCUUCUCUUCCAUUAAAAGUCUGCUCGGCUUACCAGAAAACUAACUCAUGAACCUCUGUAUCUAGAUCUCCACCGUUUCAUCACUUCAACAGAGAUUACAACAUGAAGAUUUCUGCAAAACCCAUAUCCAGUCCGGGUCGACCCGACAAGUACCCACCGCCAUUAAUGCGUUUCUUGAGGAGCAAUGUUGGAAGCAGAAGUAGAGGCAGGUCGCGUUCAAGUCCCAUGUUUGUUCGUAAGAAGAAUACCGGCAUUGAAACUCAAGAACCCACUUCUCCUAAGGUCACAUGCAUGGGUCAAGUGCGGGUCAAGCGUUCCAAAAAUCCUACUGCUCCAACUAAGCGUCGAUGCAAGUGGAUCCGAAACGCCUUGUUUUGUACCCGAAAACUCAAUCCCAACUCCUUCACACCAAAUUGGGACAAAUGGGUAUCCUUCUUUCGUGGGAGUUUUGGCAGGAAAUCCAAAAUUAGACAACAUUCGUCAAAUGCUGAACCCAAAUUUGGAGAAGAAGAAAGCCACGGAGAAGAUGAAGAUGAAGAUGAUGAAGACCCAGUAGGGAAGGUCCUUGUACCUUCGUUUCCUACACCACCCAGAAACGCUUUGUUGUUAACCAGAUGUAGAUCUGCGCCGUACAGGUCAUCUUCCUUGGCGGGGAGAUUUUGGGGAUCACCGCUGGAAAGUGAAGGAGACAAAGAAAGAACAGAGAGAGAUAGCAGAGAAGAAGAAGAUAAGAGCAAUCCCAAUCCCAAUCUCAAUCCCAUUUCAAAAAGUAGUGAGUCGGAGAAUGAAGCAGAAUCUGAGAAUGGAAGCUCAAGAAAAUCUCCAAAGCUUGAAGAAAUAUUGGAACCUAUAAUACUCACAAGGUGUAAAUCGGAACCGGCGAGAAGCGGUGAGAAGCUGGAUCCAGAGUUGAGCUUGUGGAGGAAGAGAAGGUUGGGUUUCACAUGAUGAAUGAAUUAAUAUAUUUUUUUAUUAAAUAAAAAAACGAAGAAGUGAAUAUAAUUUUUGGACGUAUUUUUCUCUUUAAUUCAUUUUGUUAUAUAUAUAUAUAUAUAUUCUUUCACACGUGGAGCCGUAAGAGAGAAUCUGUA